CGGGCGGGCCAACACAAAAAUUCAAGUGGGGAUUGAACCGAACCCUGCCCGCCUCUCUCUCCUCCGAUCCUCGGCAUCUAUAUAAGGAGCCUGCGGCCACCGGUUGUUUCAACAAGGAAACAAAGCUUCAGCUAGCUUGCACAAGAGAGAAACAGUCUUUCUUGGCUUGUUGGAGAGACGUGUUAGCAUAGCCACGAAAGACAGGGAGAGCUGGCGAGCUUGAGGGAUAGAGAGAGAAUGGCAAGGCAAGGUGUAGCCGCCAUGUUCGCCAUGGCAUUGCUCCUCGGGGUCUUUGCAUCCAUCCCACAAAGUGCUGAGGCCAUCGGCGUGUGCUACGGCAUGAGCGCCAACAACCUGCCGCCGGCGAGCACGGUGAUCGACAUGUACAAGGCGAACGGCAUCUCGGCGAUGCGUCUGUACGCCCCCGACCAGGGCGCACUCCAGGCCGUGGGCGGCUCGGGCAUCAGCGUCACCGUCGGCGCCCCCAACGACGUGCUCUCCAACAUCGCCGCCAGCCCCGCCGCCGCCGCGUCCUGGGUCCGCAACAACAUCCAGGCGUACCCGUCCGUGUCCUUCCGCUACAUCUGCGUCGGCAACGAGGUCGCCGGCGGCGCGGCUCAGAACCUGGCGCCGGCGAUGGAGAACGUCCACGCCGCGCUGGCCGCUGCCGGGCUCGGCCACAUCAAGGUGACGACGUCGGUGUCGCAGGCCAUCCUGGGCGUGUACAGCCCGCCCUCCGCCGCCGAGUUCACCGGCGAGGCCAAGGGGUACAUGGGCCCCGUGCUGUCGUUCCUGGCCCGGACCGGGUCGCCGCUGAUGGCCAACAUCUACCCGUACCUUGCGUGGGCCUACAACCCGAGCGCCAUGGACAUGAGCUACGCGCUCUUCACCUCCAAGGGCACGGUGGUGCAGGACGGCGCCUACGGGUACCAGAACCUGUUCGACACGACGGUGGACGCCUUCUACUUCGCCAUGGGCCGGCACGGCGGCUCCGGCGUGCCGCUGGUGGUGUCGGAGAGCGGGUGGCCGUCCGGCGGCGGCGAGCAGGCGAACGCGGCCAACGCCAGGAUCUACAACCAGUACCUGAUCAACCACGUCGGGCGCGGCACGCCGAGGCACCCCGGCGGCAUCGAGACCUACCUCUUCUCCAUGUUCAACGAGAACCAGAAGGACAGCGGCGUGGAGCAGAACUGGGGGCUCUUCUACCCCAACAUGCAGCACGUCUACCCCAUCAGCUUCUGAUCACCGGAGCUCUCGUCUAUGAUUAAGUACGUAUACGGGGUACGUAUAAGUGUACGUACAUGUAGAUUAUGUAUUGUACUGGGGGCUUGCUUUGCGACCGCUGGGAGUGCCAAAUGGUGCUCCCAGAUGCGUACGCCGUGAGUGAGUAUGUCGGUCUAUGUAUACGUCGAAGGGAGAUGUACGUGCCGUAGAUAAAUACGGUGCAUCGUCGAUUGAUCUCCCUUCCUAGCUAGUACGUAUAUAGAGAGGUUGGUGAUGGAUAAGAUACACAGGUGUACGUACGCAGCACGUGCCUAGGAGGUACAACAGUGUACGUACACCAGCUGUAACACAUGUACAUUACACACCGUAUAUAGGUAAAUUAAAUAUACGGUUUGAGAUAUCCUUCCCCC